GCCCAAAGAGCGUCAGACACACACACACAGACACACACUCACACACACACAAUGGCUCUUAGACAGUGAACAUUAGCCGUCUGACCAGCAGCUGGUUCUGCCUUUUUGUCCCCUUGGUGUGUUUUGGAGAUAAGAGGCCAACAUGUGAUCCCUGGCCGUUCAUUUUUCUGGGAGGAUUCUACAGCUCCGCUCGUCCUCGCUAGCUCAGCCUUCCUCUUCUCCUCUCUUUUUUCUUAUGCUGCUCUCUCACUCUCCCUCCUUCCUUCCAUUUCCCUUUCACUGUCAUUCUCUCAGCUCUUCGUUCUAAUUUUGGAAGCAUGGAACCUCGGGGAGCGUUCUCCCAAAGCUAUUUACGUCCUUGCCUCUCCUCCUCCUCCUCCUCCUCCUCUUCCUCCACCCCCUCCUCCUCUCCUCUCCCUCUCGUCAGCCAGGAGGAGAACAGCAUGAGGAUCCUUUGAUGCACCAGAGCAGGGGAAUUCGGCUUCUCCCUGUCUCUGUAUUUUUGUUGUGUUAUUAGCUGUGGGAAGCAGCAGAGAGGCUGCAGCAGCUCCUCUCUCCAGCCGAGCCCUCCCGUCACUUCUCAGUUUGGAAUCGCUUCGCUUUUUCAUCAAGAGCAACACAUUGGUUCCCUUCUGGUCUUGGUUCGAGAGUUGUUAGUGGGUAAAGACUCUUACAGGCUUCUCAGCACACCAGGAGAAAUAAACUUUUUUUCUUGCUCUUUCUGCAACACUGACCCAGAAGGCAGCAGCUGCUGUCACCGUCUCAGGAGCUGGGGAAGUGCUGUGCACGGAUCAGGACCCCAGGUGAUGCACAAGUUACAUUUCAGGACAUUUCUCUGCCUGGUCCUUUCUGGGAAGCCUAUAUUUCCACAAUUUGACCUUCAAAUUUGAUUGAACGGGCGGAUUUCUGGAACCUGUUGCUGAUGCAAGGAGGAUAUUGUGUUAAGUCUCAGUGACCGGUCAUCACAGCACAAACGGAGCAGCAGAAGCUCCACAUCCCUCUGGAGGCUGGAGCUGAAGCAGACUCUCUCUGCUGGAUUACACAACUAAAGCUUAGAGGACUUCUUUCUUUUUUUUAUGGGAUUUGUGGUCAUUAUUUUCUAUAAACUUUAAGAUCAUUUUGCGAUAGAGGAAGUUUUCAAAUUAGCUGAUUACUCCUCUUUGAAAGCACAGCUCAAUGUUUGUCGAUUUCUGUCUUUGACAACUGGAGUCCUACACUAAGCCAUGGCGGUUUACCCAAAGAGAAACUGACUUUUUUAUUUUCGUGACAGAAUAGGAGGCUGCCUCUUGUCUUGGCAUGCUGUUGCGUCCCACAGUGUCAGGAUUGUGCGCCAUGUUGCAGACCAUCUAUGAGACUGAGUCCUGCUUUUCCUCCACCAGCACCGACAGCCACCAUCAGCCUCUGGAGCUCCUGAAUGGCAACGGGGGCUCCAGCGCUGCCAUGCCCACCACCGUAGUGGAGGUGAAGAGCAGCCUCCCGUCGGGCAUGCAGAGCCCGGUGGGAACAGCCAACGAGCACAGAGGAGGAGGUGGAGAGGCUGGUGGGGGUCCAGGGGAAGGCCCAGGAGGAGUAGGAGGUGGAGGAGGAGGCCCGAUGGACCUGCGGACGGAGCCCAGGGUGGGCUCUCUGUCUGGGGGAGCAGUGGCGGUGGACACGACCCUGAGAGAGCAGCAGCUCCAGCAGGAACUGGUGAUACUCAAACAGCAGCAGGAGCUCCAGAAACAGCUGCUGUUUGCAGAGUUCCAAAAAAAACACGAAGUGCUAACAAGACAACACGAAGUCCAGCUGCAGGAGCACCUGAAGCAACAGCAGGAGCUGCUGGCAGCGAAGCGGCAGCAGGAGAUGGAACAGAAGAGGAAACUGGAUCUACAACGACAUGAAGAACAGGAGAAACAGAGACUAGAGCAGCAACUGCUGCUGCUGAGGCACAAGGAGAAAGGAAAAGAGAGUGCCAUUGCCAGUACGGAAGUGAAGCUGAAGCUCCAGGAGUUCCUGCUCAGUAAGAAAGAGCCUGGUCUUGGUGGACUGAACCAUUCCUUCUCCCCAAAAUGCUGGGGACACACCUCCCUGGAGCAGGGCUCUCCUCCGCAGAGUAACACCCCAGGAACUCCUCCCUCCUACAAACUGCCUCCACUGCUUGGGAACUACGAGAGCAAAGAUGAUUUCCCGCUCCGCAAGACGGUCUCGGAGCCCAACCUGAAGGUGCGUUCCCGGUUGAAGCAGAAGGUGGCGGAGAGGCGGAGCUCUCCACUUCUCCGCAGGAAGGAUGGAACCGUCAUCAGCACCUUUAAGAAGAGAGCCAUAGAGAUAUCAGUCUCCUCCCUCUGUAACAGCGCUCCAGGUUCAGGGCCCAGCAGUCCGAACAGUUCCAACUCAGCUAUCGCCAACGGCAACACGGGAUCAGUCCCCAACAUACAGACUGAGCUGAGAUCUCUCCAUCAAACGCUGGGGGCUGAUGGGACAUUGAGUCCGCUGAGUCUCUACACUUCGCCCUCACUGCCAAAUAUCUCCCUGGGGCUCCCUGCGAACACACACAUCACGGCCCCCCAGAAGCUGUCUGCCCAGCAAGAGGCCGAGCUACAAGCCAUCCAAUCCCUGCGAGGAGGCGGAGCUCUCACAGGGCAGUUUCUGUCCACGUCCUCCCUACCUGCAGGGGUCAUACACGACGUGGAGACUCCGCCCACCAGCUCUCAUUCGGCCCAUUCCUCAUUACUGCAACAUGUUCUACUGCUGGAGCAGGCCCGACAACAGACUGCUAUGCUAGCUGUCCCCAUGUACAGCCAGUCGCCGCUGGUUACGGCAGAGAGGGGUGUGUCAGGUGGGAUGCGCACGGUCAACAAGCUGCCUCGCCAUCGCCCGUUGGCUCGUACCCAGAGUGCACCUUUGCCCCAGUCCCCGCAAGCGCUGCAGCAGCUGGUGGUUCAGCAGCAACACCAGCACUUCCUGGAGAAACACUACAAGAUGCUAUCAAAGGGGGCUGAACUUCCCAGGCCACCCCCCACCCACCCAGAGGAGACGGAGGAGGAGCUAACAGAGACCAACGACAUGCAGGAGGAUGACGAAGGGAUGGGACCUCACAGGCUUCAGAAGGAGGGGUCAGACGACAGCACGCCCUCCUCUGAGCGACUCAGCGUGCACCUGAAGCUGGAGGAGGAGCAUGGGGGCAUGCAGGUGAAAGGGGAGAGUACCGAGAGUGAGCUGGAUGAAGAGGAGGAGGAUGAAGAUGUCAUCCAGCUGGAGGAGGCUGACGAGGAGGACCGGGGGAUGUACACGCAGGCCUUGCAGCAGUUGGGCGUGUUCCAGUCGUCGUUGCCCCACCGACCUCUGGGAAGAGCGCAGUCGUCCCCCGCAGCCACCGUCAAUCUCAUCAAACACCUCUUCACCACUGGCCUUGUAUACGACAGUCUGAUGUUGAAGCAUCAGUGUGUGUGUGGCAAUGCUCACAUCCACCCAGAGCAUGCUGGGAGAGUUCAGAGCAUCUGGUCCAGACUGCAGGAGACAGGCCUGCUGAACCGCUGCGAGAGGAUUCGUGGGCGUAAAGCGUCUCUGGAUGAGAUCCAGUCCGUUCAUUCAGAGUUCCACACUCUGCUGUAUGGAACCAGUCCGCUCAAUCGACAUAAACUGGACCACAAGAAACUGCUGGGUCCAAUCAGCCAGAAGAUGUACGCUGUUCUUCCCUGUGGAGGAAUCGGGGUGGACAGUGACACAGUGUGGAAUGAGAUGCACUCGUCGGCGGCGGUCCGCAUGGCGGUCGGCUCGGUCAUCGAGCUGGCCUUCAGAGUGGCGGCAGGCGAGCUGAAGAACGGCUUCGCAGUGGUACGACCGCCAGGUCACCACGCCGAGGAAUCCACCGCCAUGGGCUUUUGUUUCUUUAAUUCUGUCGCCACCGCCAAGCUGCUGCAACAGAAACUAGGAGUGGGCAAGAUCCUUAUUGUGGACUGGGACAUUCACCACGGCAACGGCACACAGCAGGCCUUCUACAGCGACCCCAACGUCCUCUACAUCUCCCUCCAUCGGUACGAUAACGGAAACUUCUUUCCUGGCAGUGGAGCUCCUGAAGAGGUGGGAUCAGGUGCAGGUGUUGGUUUUAAUGUCAACAUAGCAUGGACUGGAGGAGUGGAGCCCCCUAUGGGUGAUGUGGAGUACCUGACUGCCUUCAGGACUGUGGUGAUGCCCAUCGCCCAGCAGUUCAGCCCAGAUGUGGUCCUGGUGUCUGCAGGCUUCGAUGCAGUGGAGGGUCAUCAGUCUCCUCUGGGGGGCUACAAUGUUUCCGCCAAGUGUUUCGGUCAGCUAACGCAGAUGCUGAUGGGUCUGGCGGGUGGGCGGGUUGUCAUGGCGCUGGAGGGUGGUCAUGACCUCACCGCCAUCUGUGACGCAUCCGAGUCCUGUGUCGCUGCACUUGUAGGAGACGCGUGUGACUCUGUGUGUCCGUGGCCUCAGGAAAAGCCGUGUCCCAAAGCCUGCGCCUCUCUGGAGCGAGUCAUAGAAAUCCAGAACAAACACUGGCCUUGUCUUCAGAGCUUGUCUCAGACCAGUGGCCACUCGCUACUAGACGGCCCCCUUGCGGCUCAGGGCCAAUCAGAGAAGGACGAGGCAGAAACAGUCAGCGCCAUGGCGUCGCUGAGUGUGGACGUCGAGCAGCCCGGCUCCGUUCCUGGUCACUCGGAAACCAGCAGGUCCACAGAGGAGCCAAUGGAAGAAGAGCCUGUGUUGUAGGAGGAGCUUAAAGCGGAAGUACACGGAAACUCCACAUUCACCUCCUUCUAGCACCUCCUCUUCCUCUUCCUUUUCUUCUUCCUCCAUGGAGUUUGUGUCGGCACACACGCACAGUGGAAUUGUGCUGUUGAGGAGGACUCCGAUAGGCUGAGGAGAACAUUACGGAGGCAGGAGAGGGGGCGGGGCACAUCUCCGUUCUGAGGGUUCACCGGCCCGAGGAGGAGCAGACGAUUUGUCAGCAUCUCCGAUGGAAGGCCGAGGAGGGGAGUGGCAGCAGGACCUGCACACAGCACCACUGGAACGCUCCCCUCCACCCUUCACUCAUUCUUCUGUCUUUAGAACCUCUGUUUGUACAGAGGGACGGGGACUGUGGGAAACCGUAGUUUGAAUCCCAGCAGGACUCCAGGCAGACGACUUGUCUUCUUGUGUGUCUGACGCUGCACCAGAGGGACGGACUGAGGGACCGCGGGGUGGAGGAGGAGGAGCGAUUAUUCAAUGAGCAAAGGAGGAGGAGGAACUAGGUGCCUUGUUUUCCACAAACCAUCCAGAAACCACAAACCGCACCACCACCGCAGCACCUCAGCAAACCAACCAGCCAAUCCAGACUCACACACACACACACACACACACACACACACUGCUGUUGUUUCACGCAGUUCAUUUUCAAUCUGUUCAGUUGUGAGUCUUUGUUUCUUCAUCUUGAUGCCUUAAUUUGUUCUUGUGUCACUAUUUAACAGCCGCGACAGAGAGAGAGAGAAACCAGAUGAUUCAGAAAUGUAUCCAAGCUGCUAAGAUUUGUAUUUCAACCUGAUAAUAUUCACGUCCGAUGUUCCAAUCAGACUUUGAUUUGUGUCUGAGGGGGAGGAGCCUCUGAAGCCAUCGUUACACUAGAAACAUCCACUGAAGAUCUUCAUUGAAUAUUAAUAUUUAUAUAAACCAUAAUAUUCAAUCAGACUUGGAUGGAAUCUGGUGAAAGUGUCUCAGGAUCAGCUCAGUUUUAGCAGUAUUCAAUGUUUUAGUCACAUCACUUCAGCCGUGUCUCUAUCGGCCCCCCCCCCCCACCUGAAAUUGUAAAAUGACCUGUUUGAUGUAAAUAGCGUCCUGUCCUGUUGCCCGUGGUUACGUCACAGCAGACUCAGUGUGGUCACUUUUCUAGAUCUGUACAUACAUACAUGUAUAAAAAAUACUUUUUUGUAUAAAAAAAGCAAAAUUAAUAUUAAACACAAUAUACAUACACUAUUAUAUACAUAUAUAUGUAUGUAUAUACAAACACAUGCACAUACACAUAUAUAUAUAUAUAUAUUUAUGUAAACAGUGUUUUAUCCAAUCAGAUUGGAUCUAUGAAUAUAUUCUAUUUGGAGAUUGGAUGUUUUAGCUGUUUGACAGGAACUAAGCACUGAAGUCUUGGGGUCGGCACCUGUGUGUGUCUCUUUGUGUGUUUUACAGACGCUGGCUGUUGUUGAGGUGGUAGAUGUUGUUGUUGUUGUUGGAGGUGAACAGCGACGGUCAGUUCCUCAGGCAGGUCCAGGACCAGGCAGGCAGCAGGAAGGGUGAUGAGGUCAGAGGUCAUGAUUGGGUCAAGAGGUCCAGUAACAGGGUGAGAGCUCCGACAUGAGCCCUGAACCUCGACCUCCUGGACCGAGGGUCUGACCUGUUGGCUCCUGGAACUGAGAUCACCGAGCAACAUGUGAAUCCAUCAAUCUUCUUAGCAGAUUACACUAAAAGACUAAUAACACUAUUAAACUGGUUCACUUAUUGCAUUUCCUCGACCUGAAUAAUUUGGAACUACUAAAAUUCCUCUGUUUAGUAGAGCUGGUGUAGUUACUGUCACUGCCACAAGGGGGAGACACGUUCUGCACUGCAGCUUUAAAGAGGAGAAUCGUCUGAUUAUGUUUUGUCGGAUGAACAUAAAUUAAUUUAGUGUAUUUUCAAUUUCCACAUGUGGAAACAGCAAAAAUGCCAAAAAGAAAAGACAUUAAAAAGUUCAAAUGUCCUUAGUUUCCGGUUUGUGUCUGGAGGCAGUUUAAUUAAUUUUCUUGUGCCUUCUUCCAAAAUGUUUUACUUGCACGUCUCCUUAAAUUCAUUUUUUUAAAUGUUCCAUUAAAAGCAGUGUUGUAUGAAAAGUUAAAUACUCCUGUUGAUUGUUGUAUCAUCUUGUGACCCCCUCAAGCUUUUCAAAUUAUAAUUGAUGGAUCAUUUCAAAAGUUAUAACUUCAACUGUUAAAUUAAUUGGAAAAGUUGGUAAAAUGAUGUAAUUAUACUCACACCACUGAAAAACAACACAACUGUUUAAAGCAUUACACAAGUUUAUUACACACUGAGAGCAUCAAGCAGAUCAAAGGCACAGUGUGAUAAUCACGUCUGUUUCAUGUGGUGACCGGUGACGUGUGUUUCCUGUCGUCGCACAACUACUUCUGUCAAAGAGCAACACAAUAAAUGUCCAGAGUGCGACAAACACAAGAGUAACUGUAACUGUUCAGAUUUGGUGGCUGCUGGAGGACACACACACAGUUUGUGGAGUGAGGUUGUAUCACAGGCUCUGAACAUUUAAAGCAACACAAUGAGUGGUGUUGACACAGUGUGAUGUUUGUGUUGUCGGUCACUUCCCCAGUCCAGAGGCUGCACAGCUUUACUGUCGCACACACACACACUCACACUUUUUGCUACAUGAGUUCAUACUGUACAUUUCUUGAUAUGUUUGAUACUGUGGUGUACAUGUAGUGUCCUGCUGUGAUUGGUUGAGGGGGUCGGAGCUGUCCCCUCCGCUGUUUGACCUCCCUCUUCCUGAGGGAGACGCUCUCUCUCUCUCUCUGCCCCCCCCCCCUCGUGACAGACUGAACAGUUUGAAGCAGUUCCUGUCGGAGCUGAUCACAAGCACAUUCCUGACUCUUCUUCGUCUGUGCUGUCGUUGAAUCCAGAUCCUUUCCUGUUGCGACGAUACGUGUUUAAUUCUUUCUGACUCACAUGUAUAUAAAAGUGCAUAUAUGUGUACACAUGUGCAAUACACGCUAUUCGAGCAAUCUAUUACUGUGACUAUUAUUGAUGAUUAUAUUUGUCCCCUUUUCGAACUUAAGCCCUUUUUUCCUCUCGUCCUCAGUGUUGCAAGAGCUUGAAAAGGGAAAGUGACUCUUGUGAUUCUCCAGUUUCAUUUCAGGGUUUGUGGACGUUUCGACGAAGCCCUUUUUUAUUAGUCUCACUGUAAUGUUGUGACGUUGAUCCUGAUUCUGUUCCUUUGUUUUUUUAAAGUGGGCCUGUUGUUGAACUUGUCUGGAAACUCAAUAAAGCAAUUCACUGAC